CUGAAACGUAUUGCUGCAGCUUUUUCAAUGUCACGUUAAUGAGGAAGCAUUGGCAAUAGUUUUAACAUUCAAUGUGGGAUUAUUUCAAAAGAGAUUGGAAAAAGUAUUCUGAUAGUUUAAAUAUAAAAAAUAGCAAACAACUCUGGUCCAGGUAAAAGUCUUGCAAUACAUUUUUUUACUUCAGGUAAAGUACAAAAGUCUGAGCAGUAAAAUAUUAAACAUACAAAAAGUACUGAUCAUACAUGCAUCAUUAUUUAUAAUCAAGUAAUAUAAUAUGUCUGAUAGUUUGUUUACAUUAUUGUAAAGGCAGUUUUUGUUACUUUAUAUACUGGCGUGCACUUACCCCAAAAAGUUGAUCUAAAUGUUUGUACUGACAAUUUAUUAUACAAAGUCAAACUAAAGAUGUCAGAUAAUUAUAGCGGAGUAAAAGGAAAAAGAACAAUGUUUGUCCGAAUUAUGGAGCAGGAGAAUCGGUAUAAACUGCUGUCAGAUUGAGUGAUUUUUCUUUUCUUAAAUCAGCUUUGUUGAUUUAAUUCUGUGGGCGUGGAUUCAAACACGUGACGCACGUUAUUGUCCAGUGAUUGGCUGGAAUACAACCUGGAUGUCACGUGCGGAUUUGCCGCCACAUUUCCAACGAGGAAGAGCAAAGAAAGCUCCGCGUCUGACAGCAACUGCCCCCCCCAGAAAACAACCCGCAGUUCAUGCCGUUUUAACGUUAUUUUACCCGCCUGUCCUCUUAAAAACAUCUUUAAAAAAAUAUUAUUUAUAAAAUGUUCAUCACGGAUAUAAGGAAGGACUUUUACGAAGUCGUUGCCAACCAGAGAGUCGCUCUCCUGGUGGCGUCAGACAUCGAUGCCCUCUGCGCCUGUAAGAUCCUCCAGGUGCUGUUCCACUGCGACCAGGUCCAGUACACGCUGGUGCCAGUUACAGGCUGGCAGGACCUCAGCACGGCAUUCCUCGAGCACAAAGAGCAGUUCCGGUAUUUUGUUCUCAUCAACUGCGGGGCGAAUGUUGACCUUCUGGAGAUGCUGCAGCCGGAUGACGACUCCGUCUUCUUCAUCUGUGACACUCACCGGCCUGUCGAUGUGGUGAACGUCUACAACGACUCCCAGAUAAAGCUCCUCAUCAAACAGGACGACGACCUCGGCGUUCCCUCGUACGACGAUAUUUUUCAAGACGAUGACGAAGGGGAGGAAGGCGACUCUGGAAAUGAGAGCGAGGAAGGCUCGGAGCCGUCUGGGAAGCGGCGGAGAUUUGAUGAAGGGGCGGUGGAGAGGAGGAUCGAGAGGCGGCGAGCGAAGCGGGACUGGGAGGCGCGGAGGAGGGAAAUCCUGUUCGACUAUGAGCAGUACGAAUAUCACGGGACCUCUGCUUCACUCAUGUUGUUUGAGCUGGCGUGGGUGUUGACCAAAGACACCAAGGACAUGCUCUGGUGGGCCGUCAUUGGACUGACGGACCAGUGGGUUCAUGACAAAAUCACACAUAUGAAGUACGUCACGGACAUCGCCACAAUGCAGCGCCACGUCUCCCGGCAUAACCACCGGAACGAGGACGAGGAGAACUCGCUCUCCAUCGACUGUAUGAGGAUCUCCUUUGAAUACGACCUCCGGCUCACCCUCUACCAGCACUGGUCUCUGUAUGAGAGCAUCUGUAACUCCUGCUACACGGCGUGCAACUUCAAGCUGUGGACGUUAAAUGGCCAAAAGAAGCUCCAGGAGUUCCUCGCUGACAUGGGGCUGCCUCUGAAACAAGUGAGGCAGAAAUUCCACUCUAUGGACAUGUCGAUCAAAGAGAACCUGAGGGACGUCAUCGAGGAGUCUUCCAAUAAAUACGGCAUGAAGGACAUCCGCAUCCAGACAUUUGGCGUUCACUUUGGCUUCAAGAACCGCUUCCUGGCCUGUGACAUGGUGCAUGCCACCACUGCCUUGCUCGAGAGCACCGAGAAAGACGAGAGCGCCAGCGACAACUUCAUCAAGGCCCUGGACUCCCUUUCCAGGAGCAACCUCGACCGGCUCCACUCGGGCAUCGACCUGGCCAAGAAGAAGCUGAUGGCCAUCCAACAGACGGUCGCCAGCUGCAUCUGCACCAACCUCAUCGUGUCCCAGGGACCGUUCCUCUACUGCUACCUCAUGGAGGGGACGCCGGACGUGAAGCUCUUCUCCAAGCCCAUGGCCUUGACUCUGCUCUGCAAGUACCUCCUGAAGGCUUUCGUCCAAUCCACGAGGAAUAAGCGCUGCAAACUGCUUCCCCUCAUCAUGGCUGCUCCCAAGGACGUGGAGAAGGGGUCCGUCAUAGUUGUGGGGAUCCCGCCUGAGUCUGAGACAUCGGACAAGAAGAAUUUCUUCGGUCGAGCGUUUGAGAAAGCCGCAGAGAACACCAGCUCCAGAACUCUUCAUGACAACUUUGACACUUCAAUCAUCACACUGAAGACGGAGGACCGGAGCAAGUUCCUGGACGCGCUCAUCACGCUGCUGUCGUGAGGAGGCGGCGUGAUGCGCUCGGCACUCGACUGGCGUUGGUCGAUUGUUUUUAUCACUGUGUGUAUAUUGUACAGCCUUAUUGUUGCUUUUUAAAUUCUUGUAAUGUUUUGAUGUUUUAUUCCCGUCUGUAUGUGAGUCGCUCGUCACAUUUUUAUGUUUUAAACAUGUUUAAUAAAUCCCAGUUGGUCAUUUUAAA